AUGGACUCGGACGCGAGCCUGGUGUCGAGCCGCCCCUCGUCCCCGGAGCCCGACGAGCUCUUCGUGUCGGCGGCGCGGAGCAAGAGCUCGGGCGGCGGCGGCUUCGCGGCGGCGGGCGGCGCCGUGUCCAGCUCGACGCCCAGCGACUCCCCGGCCGAGCUGAGCGCGGAGCUGCGCAGCGCCAUGAGCGCCGCCGGGGUGGUGAUGGUGGACAAGCUGGCCUUCAAGUCGCCCUCCUCGUCGUCCUCCUCGACCUCCUCGUCGUCGUCCUCGACGGCCUGCAAGAAGGACAAGAAGCAGAUGACGGAGCCGGAGCUGCAGCAGCUGCGCCUGAAGAUCAACAGCCGCGAGCGCAAGCGGAUGCACGACCUGAACAUCGCCAUGGACGGCCUGCGGGAGGUGAUGCCCUACGCACACGGGCCCUCGGUGCGCAAGCUCUCCAAGAUCGCCACGCUGCUGCUGGCGCGCAACUACAUCCUCAUGCUCACCAACUCUCUGGAGGAGAUGAAGCGCCUCCUCAGCGAGAUCUACGGCGGCCACCACGCCGCCGGCUUCCACCCCCCGGCCGCCGCCUGCCCCGGGGGCCUGGUGGGCCACGCCGCGCCGCUGCCCGCCCACCCGGUCUCCCACGCCGUGCACCACCCCAUCCUGCCUCCCGCAGCCGUCUCCAGCGCCUCCCUGCCCGGCGCCGGUGCCCUGGCCGCCGUCGGCUCCAUCCGGCCCUCGCACGGCCUGCUCAAGUCGCCCUCCAGCGCCGCCGCCCCCCUCGGCAGCGGCUUCCAGCACUGGGGAGGGAUGCCCUGCCCGUGCAGCAUGUGCCAGGUGCCCGCCCCCUCGCACCAUCACGUCUCGGGCAUGAACACAGCCAGCCUGCCCAGAUUAACCAGCGACGCCAAAUGA